GGCAAUAACAGUGCUGACUGAAUAUUGGGUUACUGAUUUUUUUGUGUGUCUGUGUCUUCUUUCUAGUUGGGUUAAUAACUUCGGUCAUGAGGGUCUCGGCCUUCUUCUGGAUGCUUUGGAGAAGCUGCUGGACAAGAAACAGCAAGAGAAUAUUGAUAAACGCAACCAGCAUAAACUUAUCCAAUGCUUGAAGGCUUUCAUGAACAAUAAGUAUGGACUGCAAAGGAUCUUGGGAGAUGAGCGGAGCCUGUUGCUGUUGGCACGAGCAAUUGACCCCAAACAGACCAACAUGAUGACAGAGAUUGUCAAAAUUCUCUCUGCUUUCUGUAUUAUUGGAGAGGAAAACAUCCUGGAUAAGAUUCUAGCUGCCAUGACAAUUGCUGCAGAGAGGAACAAUAAAGAGAGGUUUGCUCCAAUUGUGGAAGGACUGGAGAACCACGACGCCCAGCAGCUGCAGGUUGCUUGCAUGCAGCUGAUCAAUGCCCUGGUCACUUCCCCUGAUGACCUGGACUUUCGGAUACACCUACGUAAUGAGUUCCUAAGAUGUGGCCUCAAGAAGAUCCUACCUGAGCUAAAAGAGACAGAGGAGCUAGACAUACAGCUGAAGGUGUUCAAUGAGAACAAGGAGGAGGACUCUAUUGAACUCUCCCAUCGCCUGGAUGACAUCCGUGCUGAGAUGGAUGAUAUGAGUGAAGUGUACCAUCUCCUGUCGAAUAUGGUGAAAGACACUGGCUCAGAGCCCUACUUCCUGUCAAUUCUUCAGCACCUAUUGCUCAUCAGGAAUGACUAUUACAUCAGGCCUCAGUAUUACAAGGUGAUAGAAGAAUGCGUGUCUCAGGUGGUCCUGCAUCGCAAUGGAAUGGACCCUGACUUUGGCUACAGUAAAAGACUAGACGUGGACUUCACCCAUCUGAUUGAUCAGUGUGUGGAUAAAUCCAAAGUUGAAGAGAGUGAGCAGAAGGCUGCAGAGUACUCGAAAAAGUUUGAUGAGGAGUUCAGUGCGCGGCAGGAGGCCCAGGCCGAGUGUCAAAAGAAGGAAGAGAAAAUCAAAGAGCUGGAGGGAAAGAUUCAGGCCCUGGAGUCCCAG